UCAUGCGUGAGAGGCUAGUCCGGUGUUGCAACAUAGGAACUUUUCAGAACCACCUAGCGUCACAUGUUCAAAAAGGCGACUAACUACUUUAUUUUGGUGUUAGUGAAGGUUUUUGGAGACUCUCAGAUACGAGAGAAAUAUUUUUUCGCGCCUUUGUAAUGUUACGGCAGAAAAAGCACACUGAAAACGCUUGUUUGAAGAACUUUCACUUGUCUUAGUCUUUCACGCAAUCUGCUUCGUUUUUUUCUUCAUUUUUUUUACUUAAGAAGACAAUGACUUUGAAAGUGACAAUGAAAAUGGUAACACUCACAGUGUUUGCAUCAGGUGUUCUCUGUGCUGGUUCAGAUGUCGUGUCAGUGUCUGUGAAGAAGGGAGAUUCAGUCACUCUACACAAUGAUUUCAAAAUCACCAAUCAAUAUAAGAUUAGAUGGUAUUUUAAAAGCACUCGAAUAGCUGAUAUUGAUUUAUCUAAUGGUAAGAGCUGUACAGAUGUUCAGUGUAAUGAAGGCACUGAGGGAUUCAGAGACAGACUGAAGCUGGAUCAUCAGACUGGAAAUCUGACCAUCAUGGACAUCAGAAACACAGACUCUGGAGAAUAUACACUAGAGGUCAUUAUCAGCACUGGUGGUGACCAUGAAAAGAUCUUCAGUGUCACUGUCUAUAGUGUUUCUGCUCCUGCCAAACAAGAGGUGGAAAAAACUCCUGAUUCAGGUCUGUCUGCUGGUGCUGUAGCCGGAAUAUGUGUUGCUGUUCUGCUGGUCAUUGGUGCUGCUGUUGCUGCUGUGAUUUACAUUCACAGACACCAACCAAGAAGGAAAGGGAGAGCAGCUGACAUUAAUGAACAGGAGCCUUUACAAGGAAACACAUCCCCCGAGUAGAUUGCAGAACCACAAGCAGCUGCUAAUCCAUAGUCUCAUUCGCCUCUGGGACUCUAAGAUCCUCUGGUAUCCUAUCCUUAAAGCUAAUGAAAACUUGAACAUGCAGGAUUUCCGUUUGACAAUUUUCAGAAAGUUUUUAACCACACUAAUCCAAAGCACAACACAAUCAAAACACUGUCAUUCACUGGUCAGUUUUGCUUACAUAAUUGUUCUUCAACAAGUGGAAGAAAAACAUCAAGGUUUUAUAGGUAGCACUUUAACGAAGGGGUGUUUAUACGACUGAAAUGAAACGUUUACAAUAGUGACAAGUUAUGAAUGUGAAUGAGAUUUAUGAUAACUGUUAUUACGUGUCAUUUGUUCAGUUAUAUAAUUUUAAAUGCAAAGGUGAUAUUAUGACAACGUGACAUAAAUAUGAGACAUUUUAAUUGUGUCAUAAUUAUUUUUCUGAUAAAUUUUCUGUGGAACAAACUAUGUCAAUAAAAUGUCUCAUUAAGUGGCAUUGCUCUGUCAUAAUUAAAAAAAAAAUUUAAGAGCAUCAUUAAUAUUUAAUGACAUUAUAAUGACAUUCAGUUUGUACCACUGUAGUUAAGGUUAAAAAAAAUAUUAAUGGCAGUGUGUUUUAAAAUUCAUGACCUUUACAAUGGCUUCAUAACAAUCAUGUUUAUGACUGAUUAUGACUUUAUGAAGUGUUAUGUUGUCCUGGUAAUGUCAAGCUGCCAUGACAAAGAUGACGACUGGUUGCGAUGUGUUUGUUUAUGUCAAGUUUUUCAACAAACUAUAGCUAUGUUUCUUAUCCACCUAUGUUUAUGUGCAUUUUUGAUAUACGGAUAAAAAAUGGUUGAUGGAAUGAUGAGCAUCAAUUUUGAAAAUACACAUAAAAAAUAGGUAUUUAGUAGGAUAAACGUAUUGUUCUGUAAGAAAAGAUGAGCAUGAACUACAAUGAAAACACUUUACUGAACAAAUUCCAGUAUGAGCAUUAAAAAAGGACGUGAUUAAUUUUUUUUUUUUUAUAAGAGAUCAUGUGAUGAUAAAAAUGUGUGUAAAUGGUCAAGCUAGCAGGCUGAAAUGCUGUUUUAGUCAUUCUAAAAUGCCUUAAACAUUUCAGUAUUAGUGUUAUUAUAUUAUUAAUGACUUCAAGAACUGUCAAAAGCGUCUGUGCUCUGUGUCUCGCCUUCAAUCUUCGUCGUUUAUGCGCUAAUCCAGUGUUUGCGCAUAAAGUUAAUUCGCAUUUUUGGAUGGAAACAUACCAAAUGGCAUCUUUGCAUUUAAACUGUCAUAACUGGGCAAAUGGCACUUUAUAACAGUUGUGAUAAGCAUGCAUAAAAUCUCAUUUGCAUGCAUGAUGUGUUAUCUUAUGAUUUUAAAGGUUUAUUUUUUUUAUUUUUUACGAAUUUUUUUAUGAUUGUAGCUUGUCAGACUUGACAAAAAUUAUUGCAAUGGCAAACUUUGAGUUUUCAAUUGUCAAAAUGUCAGACUGUAUGACAAAUUGACAAUCCAGAUGUGCCAAACACAUGCAGUUUAACAUAAGAGAGGUGAGGGUGAGGGGAGAGUUGUCCAACCUACAGCAUCUAAACACUGGGGUACCUCAAGGCUCUGUUCUUGGGCCACUUCUCUUCUCCAUCUACACGUCAUCUCUAGGACCAGUCAUUCAGAGACAUGGAUUCUCCUACCACUGCUAUGCUGAUGAUACCCAGCUAUACCUCUCUUUUCAUCCUGAUGAUCCCUCGGUUCCAGCUCGCAUCUCAGCCUGCC